AUGGACACUCUCGCAGACCUCUACGCCAGCGCCGCCGAGGUCUGGAUCCAGCAGGAUCUCAUCAAGGACACCAUCUACAUGUACGCCCAACAACGGGAUGCGGCGGCGAGGCGAUUGAUGCGCCGAUUCAAGGACCUUGAGGCCUUCCCGGCGAUGAAGAUGAUCGCUCGCAACAUGGUUCCCUUCUCCGAUGUCCAGUACACUCGCGACUUCGUUGUCGCUCCCACCUUUUCCAACAUUGAUGCUCGUGACUUCGCCCGCAUGGUCACCAACUACACGCCCUGCACUGUCUGCCAGGGUACUGACACCCCAUAUCACCGCACCAUCGACUGCCCUCGCUAUCGCUGCCCCCGUUGCAAUCACCGCCAGCCAGGCCACACCGAGUCGACCUGCGCUGCGAACGAACCCGAGGCACCUACUCUUCCUCCCGACAUCCGCUCCCUCACCAACCUCAUGAAAGGGGGAAUCUUCACCCAGCCGAUCCCCCUCAUGUGGCUUCUCAGUGUAAACAACCUCUACGCGGGAUGUUACUCGCAGAUUGCGAGACGUCCCAUCGAGAUGCUUCCCCCGCUGUUCAAAGCAAAGCGUAUCGAGCUCGAGAAUGCGCACACCUGGUAUGUCGUCAGCAACAGCCGCAUCGACGGCGCCUACGCCAGUAAUGCCAAAGUCUCGGCCCUUGCAAUGCACAUGGACGGGGCCCUCAUCCGCCUACGUGCUGACGGCAUACCCUUUAUCGACGAGACUGAGCUCUACGGAGGGCGCCCUCCGGUCAAUGAAUGCCACGAGAACACGGGUGAACGUCCCCCGACUCCACAUCCUCGGCGACCGUUCGGUGCAAUCCCUCAGUCCCCCGAGUCGACUCAUUUGGGUCUCUCGGACACAGGCAACGACACUAACGAGAACGACGAGAACACCCCUCUGCAUCAGUACUUCGGCGAUUCCCCGACGCACUGA